CGUCUGGUCGUCAUAGCGAUCCGAGACAUCACCAAGGGAGAGGAGAUCACCGUUGACUACAGCCUGACCGAGUGGGGAGACAACACUAUGGGUUUCCGUGGUACUGUCUCCUCAGGGAGAUAUGAGUGUAUCGCUGACCCUGAGAACAACCGUAUCAAAAAGGAGGAAGAGUCUGGGCUCGUGCCCUCCUCUCUCUCAGCCCAGGACUACCUCACCCCUUCCUGGCCCCUGUCCCCCUCCUCCUCCCCCCUCUCCCACUCCAAUGCCAGCGACUCGGAUCCCCAGAAUGAGGAGGACGGGGGUCAGAGACGCACACCUCGCCGCCGAAAACGCCGCCGGACCACCACCCCUUCCAAAAAGAGAACCACCCCUCACCGGACAUCCCCGGGCCGCCCUCCCCUCUCCUCUUCAUACCGCCCCCUCACCUUCUCUCCCCCUCCCUCCUCCUCCACCUCUUCUCGCCCUUCUCUGUUCAAAUCCCCCGCUCCGUUGGGGCCCAACACGACGGCGAACAUCAGUAUUAAUAUCGCCAGGGGGGUCGGCAUGGGUGUGCCCCCCCCAGAAGCUGAGCUGUGCAUACUGCGGCCGCCACUUCCGCUCACUGGGGCGCCACCUGGACAAGCACCACACCAACCAGCCUGAGAUCCGCGCCGCGCUCAUCGAGCGCUUUAUGCCCCACCUGGCGGCCGCGCACGCCACACACCACACUCAGUCCCAGCAGCAACCUCGGUCAUCAUCAGGAGUGGAGCAAAACUCCCACAAGCCACCACCGGGGGGCACCACCGCGUUCUCCCUGUCUCCUCAACGUCCGGCCGCCCAAUCCCCUUCCUCCGCCGUUGGGGGAAACUCCUCCCCCCUGCUUUUGACUCCACCCCGAGGGCGCAGUGCGGUGGCCGUGUCCGUUCUGAAGAGAAGCCCACCUCCGGCAGCUGUGACCCCGCCCAGAAAGGCGGGACUGCGCAAAGUGAAGGAGGAAAAAGAGGAGGAGGAAGAGGAGAACGAUCUGGUGGAAGUUGAGGUGGUGAAGCCCAAAGAAGAGGCAGAGGCGGCUUUUCCCCACGUCUUUCAGCAGACGCCCAAGGAGAUGGAACGGCUGCCGAAAGAGGAUGAAAAUGAAGAAGAGGAGGAGGCGAACGGUAUGAUGGAAGACGACAGUGGAGCGGAGGAUAAGGAGAAGGAGUUAUUGAGUUCGGGACGUCUCCACAUGCUGCCCCUCCUCUCCUCCCUGUCUUCCCUGGUCCUCUACCUCCGCAGGCUCCAGCACUCUGCCUUCCUCUCCCUGUCCCGCCAGCUCCAAUCCGCCGAGGCCUGGCGCCUCCUGUGCCACUCCUCCCUCGCCCUGCUCAUACUCUACAACCGUCGCCGCGAGUGCGAGGUCUCCAAACUGGCCAUAGCCGAAUACCGCUCCCGUGUCACCCCCCAGUGCCCCGUGCCAGUGCCCCCCGGCGCCCCGCCCGCCCUCACACCCCUGGAGGCAUCGCUUUCGCCCUUUGAGCGUCUCGUGCUUCCACAUUUGCCUCGAGUAGGUGUCCAGGGCAAACGAGGAAGAGUCCAGCCUCUUAUCCUGCCACCGCACUGCGAGCCAUGUCUGGAACUCCUCCUCCAGACCAGGCAAGAUGUCGGCGUCGAUCCCCAGAACCCGUACGUCUUCGCCCGGCCGUACCACUCCCCAGCCACCCCCCUCCGUGGCACCGACCUCCUCCGGAGCCUGGCCCGCUCCAGUGGCACCCGGAACCCCCGCGCCCUCACCCAGACCCGUGUCCGGCGCCAGGUCGCCAUCUUGACGCAGCUGCUAUUGCUCGGUGAGGGGGAGGAGCCAGGACAGCCGGGUGGGAACGCCGUAGAGCGCCUGGAACACUUCCUGGAGCGUGAGUACCACGUUACACAGAGCUGCGGUGGGAUUGGCCAGGACCCGGGGCUGAUGGGUAGAGUGGGGCGCGUGGUGCUGUGCGGGGAGAGAGACGGCGUGCUGUUCCGGGGGAUGAGCCUCCACCACAUCUGUCUGGAGCUUGACGUGAUGUCAGGCAACUCGGCCGACUCGUACUCGGAGGGCGACUCUGACGGCGAGGGGCGGAAGGAGAAGGGCGAGGUGGCCCCUCCCAGCCUGCUGAUGGUGCGGAAGGGCAGGACCAACAGCAGGACGCCGCGUGCCAGGAAACUCAAGGUCACGCCCUCCUCCACAUCGCCCCUCUCCCCCUCGCUCCCCGGCCGCAGAAGAGGCUCAGGUGGGCCCAAAUCAGGAAAACGCGGCGUCCUCAAGCGCCCGUGGUCGGACGCAGAGCGCGCCGCUGUGGAGGAGCACCUGACCUGCAACAUCGCCGAGCUGCGCGUGCCUGCCAAGGCCGACUGCGAGCGCUGCCUGCAGAGCUGCCCGCUGCUGGUCACCAACCGGCGCGAUUGGCGGGCCAUCAAAUUCUACUGUCACAACCGCAUCCAGCUGCUUAAGAAGAACCAGCGGCGUGAGGACGACGGGACGCCCAUCAUGGUGUGCUGAGAAGACUGACGGAGAGACUGAGAGAUUGAUGGACAGACACAACAAUAGCUCCACAGUAUCCACAAUAGCGUGCUACUUGGAAUGAAGGAAGCCAAAACAGCAGCAGUAACGUUACAGCAGUGGCUGUCAACUCUGUAAUAUUUUUUCCGCUGACGGUCCAAAAACAAGAGUUGAUGCUUAAGGAACAGAGUUGACGCUUAAGGAAACAAUGUAGUUGGAGUGUCUUUGAAGUGGUACGCUAAUGUGGGUAUUGGAAUGUAGCCUACAUCUCAUUAAGCAGGUUUCCAUCCAACCUUUUUAUGUAGUAAAGUACGGGUCAAUGUCGGGUCAAAAAUGUAGUGACAGACCUGAUGGAAACAACAUUUUUCGGUACACUUUUCAAAUGUCAACAAAACUAAAUACGCUAGACAAGGUGGGAUAUUUUGUGUCGGUAAAAUUAAGUAUGCGAGAAAUGUCGGUGGAACUAUUGAUGUAAUAACCAUCAUAUCGAAGUAAACUUGGGGUCGCGCGAUGACAUGUGUGGCCCUCCCACUACGGCGCGUCAGGAAAGCAUGCAGUUUCUUAGGCUACAGAUUAAAUACAUUGGGAUGAACUUCACAGGGUGGUGAAAGUGCAAGGUGAUGAGCUUGAUGCUCCUGUUUAAUAAAUAUCAAGGGUCUUAUUUUGGUGAUCAUCGAUGCGUGGCAGCCGUUUGACAAAUAAAGAAAACUCUUUUGGCCAUAAUAAUCUCAUGUAGCCUAUACGUGUGUUCGAGCCAACAGCGCGCACGUGCCAGUACUAGAGUGGGCAGACUCGCUAUAUAACAGAACAGUUUUUGUGGGAAAACCAUCUGUAGAGUUGAAAAUGUGAUGGAAACCCAUUUAACUUUCUUUUUUUUAUUUGGUACAUGGGAAUUUAACAGCAAAAGGUAUUUGUAUGUGCACUACAUCAUCACGCACAGUCAAUUUGAUGGAAACGCGUCUGGUGGGAAAAUGUACAGAUUGUUUUUGUGCGGAUUUGAGAAUAUCUGUCACCAAUUGGAUGGAAACCUAGCUAUUGAUACCCUUAUAUAUUGUCCUCUGAGACAAAAAGAGGGAGAGACUGGGGGAGUGAGAGAAGGAGUGACUGUGUAGGAGUGACAGCCUGUGUUGUGUAUGUGGACAUUUUAAUUUAGUUUUCGCUUGAAAACGAGAUGAACAAUGUUCAGAACUCACCACAGAUUGUUGUAUUUAGAAUUUUUUUGGACAUACUCAAGUGUUGUAUGGACGUUUCUGAACACACUCAAGUUAACACUAUUAGGGUUUGAGGCUGUAGUGUGUGUGUGUGUGUUUCCAGUGCUGAGAAGAUGUUAUAGGGUCUCCCAACACCCAGUCCUGGAGAGUGCAUGCUUUAGUUCCAGUACUAAUUCACCCGAUGAAACUACACCUGACUGAAAGACCAUGGCUAGAUCAUUAUUUAAAACGGGUGUGUUAAUAGCGCUGAGCCGGAGCAAGAGCCUGCAGGAAACACCACCAUCAGUGUGUUGUAAAUUUUCUUUUUGGACUACCUAAGACACUGUAUAGUCAAUUUGGGGCUUUUCCCCACUCCCUCCUUCAAAAUGAACACUGCAAGACAGCAGUUGAAUACUGCUUUGCCUAAAAUACACCAAGUAUAUUCUUGUUGUUGGCAUCUUUCUUUUAUUUUGUGCCUGUUGCACGUGUUUUCUUAAAUGCGCUUUGAAAAGGUGCAUUAGGCCGUCGGGCCAUUCUUCUGCGACGAGCAGAGUUCUGUAUUUAACUUGGCUGUGUUCUUCAAAGUGAUUUUUGGGGGGCAAUCUUUCAGAAGAGUGGGCAUAGCUGAAUACUAUGCCACGCUAUGGUUAUUUUUUUACAUGCAGUGUUGUUGCGUCAUUUGUGUUGAUUGUUUUGCCUUUUCAGACUGACCAGUGUAGCUCCAGUCUUUUUUCAGCAACGCUGGUUUCUAUCGUUCACUGCUGUUAGAUGAUGAGCUGCUUGUAGCUCUAGUCCAGGGUGUUAGUGUGGUUUGCUAACGCUUAGGCUGGCAUUCAAUCCGAUCAGUGGUAGAUUUGCAUUAUAGCGCGCUUGACAUUUUUAAAAGUCAUUUCCGAUUAAGCCGACAUAUACAGAGUUUGCGGAAACAUUGCCUUUAAAAGGUGCAUAGCUGACAAAGUGCGGUCGGGUGGAAUCCCGGCUUGAGCCUUCACAGCUUUAGCUAGUCGCACUAACGCCCUGGACUAGAGCUAGGCUUCUUUGUAGGUCUGCUGGAGCCCCAAGUAACCCGGCAUUUUGUUUUAUUGGAUUAAAACCGCACAACACCUCUUGAUAGAUAGUUGAAUUUAUUUAACAUAAUCACAUAUAAUCUUACAUUGUUUCAUGCUAUCAUCUUGCCAGUUUCGGUGUACAUAAAAAAAAAUAUGAUCAUUACGUAAACUGGUUUGUUUGUGCUGUCCGUAUUUGUUCAUUUGCGAGUUGGUAUUGUACAUAGGUCUAUGGUUUUGUAAAUAUUCACAGAAAUGCAUAAAGGGGGAAAAAACUACACAAUG